ACAAUUAACCUAAAAUCAAAAUACCCCCUAUAAUAAAAUUUCAAGUCCGCGCAUCUCAACUCCGCCUCCUCUGUACUUCAACUCCCCCUCCGCUCCGCUCCGGAGCCCGUCGAUUGGUCGAUUUCUGUUCCAAACGCGACGCGACAAACUCAAGAAUCGUAUUCGCAGCUGAUUUCGAAGCUUCUGAUCAAAUUGUUCCCCCCGUUUUGGAGCUGUCUCUGCAGAUCUAGGAAGUGUUGCUGGGUGUUACAAAUCUGGCGAUGGACUACGGGUCCUACGACAGCAGCGGAACUGAUGAUGAUCUUCCUCCAUCACAUCAAAAUAGACUUCCCAGAGGGGGCCGUGUUGCAGGGAAUGGAAGAUCUGCUAUCCCUGGUUCUAUCCCAUACCCCAGGAUGUAUGGUGAAACGGAUAUGGAGACCCAAAUUCACCACCUUGAGCAAGAAGCAUACAGUUCAGUUCUAAGAGCCUUUAAAGCUCAAGCUGAUGCCAUUACAUGGGAGAAGGAAAGUUUAAUAACUGAACUGAGAAAAGAGUUGAGAUUAUCCAAUGAAGAACAUAGAGAGCUUCUAGGCAGGGUUAAUGCUGAUGAUGUUAUCCGGAGGAUAAGGGAAUGGAGGCAGGCUGGUGGGCUUCAGGCUGGCAUGCUCAGUACUGGUCAAGCUGUUCAUGAUCCAGUGCCCAGUCCUUCUGUCUCAGCAUCACGCAAAAAACAAAAGAUAAACCAGUCCAUACCUUCUCAAUCCUUUGGUGCGCCCACUCCUUUCCACCUACAACCAGUGGCUGCUUCCGCCCAACCAUCUUCAUCAGCUGCAAAGCGAGGACCGAUUGUGGGAGCCAAGGGCAAGAAGCAGAAACCUGGUCCGAUGUUGCCUGGUGGAUCUGCGACAAAGAUGCAGUACCCUUCCUCAGGUCCAACUGGAAGGGGUCAACUUGGUAAUCGGGUUUCAUCUGGUGCCCUCAUGAGUGAGCGUGCUGAAGGAGCAUCUUUAAAUCCUUUGGUUGGGAGGAAAGUGAGGACUAGGUGGCCAGAUGACAACAAUUUUUAUGAAGCUGUUAUUACCGACUACAAUACCGUUGAGGGUCGACAUGCUCUAGUUUACGAUAUUGGUACUGCAAAUGAGACAUGGGAGUGGGUCAAUCUGGCAGAGAUUUCACCGGAGGAUAUUCAAUGGGAUGGUGAAGACCCUGGAAUUUCUCGUCAGGGGGGUUAUGGUGGAUCAGGACAUGUCGUAGGUAGAUCCGUUGGGCGUGAUGGUCCUCCAGCGGGAGGAAGAGGUAGGGGAUCGACAAAGGGUCAACCAAAGAAGGAUUUUGCCCCAUCACAAAAUGGCAUAGGGAAGAAGGGAUUGGAUGAAAUUCAGAUUCUUCACACGGACACUUUAAUUAAGGAGGUGGAAAGAGUCUUUGAUGCUAGUCAUCCGGAUCCACUCGAAAUUGAGAAAGCAAAGAAGGUGCUGAAGGAGCAUGAACAAGCACUUACGGAGGCACUUGCCCGGCUUGCUGAUAUUUCUGAUGGCGAAAGUGGUAUUGAAAUGCUGCCAACGGUUCUACACUUUUUUCUUCGAAUUUUAAUUAGUACUUCCCAGAUAUAUAGUCCUACCGUGCUGGUAAAUAUUACUACAAAUUUAUUGAUGUAACUUGGGGCAUCUUGUUGUAAAGUUUGGUAACCCAUGCCCUAGCAUUUUUUGAAACUUUCCGUUGUCUUGAUUAGAGGUGUAGCCACUUGAGCAACUAAGAUUAGUACGUUUCACGAGAUCCAAAAUAUGAUCAUUUCAUUUCAUUUCAUUUUCAAUUUCUUCUUUCUUAGUUGCUUAUUUGAUUCAGCUGUUUUGAAACAGAUGAAGGUGGUCGUUUCGUGCCCAUGGACCGACAAUAAUUAGCUGUUCUGCUGGAAAAUAGGAAAGCAGAUGCAUUGGUUAUGCAAUUGCCGUAGAGGGGGUUGCUCAAUUGAUACUUAAAUGGAUCACAGGGGAAGUAUUUUAAAUCUUAGGAUCACUGAAAUGUAGAAGGUCGCUUUUCGUUCUAGGUCUUUGUUGUAGUAUAAUGUUAUCCCCGUAUUGUACUUUCCUAACAUUGGAUAACUCUGAUUAGGGUUUUAGAGUAGGUACAUUUUUAGCUGGGGUGAUAGUCUUCUUUGCCUAGAGGCCAUGUUUGUACAAAAUUAUUUCAAGUGCUUAUUUAGAGAUCAUGUACAAAGUUUGUAUUUCCCCACCUUUCACAUGACUUCUCAUUGACA